AUGAGUUUCUUACCUUUUGUUGACGUUGAAGAGGUUGAGUACCAGGAACAGAUAGAAAAGUUGUAUGAAGAGACGAGAGAACAAGUUAUGGAUGGGGCAGAGAUGCAUCCCGAGGUUGUCAAGAUGCUUGCGGUCUCUGAAUUAGACGAGAGGAAGCGUGCGAUGCCUGAUGACUGCGAUGACCCAGACAGUAAACGUAAACAGCCAAGGAUUAGUUUACAACGGUAUAGUAUCGAUGAAGGGAGUAGUGUGGAGAGUCUUAUGAUUAAUGAGGCGUAUCUGCGACACCAAGAGCUCGUGUUGAAGGAGCUCCUCCCGAAGACGAUGAUGAACCAAUGGAUAAUAAAUAAUGAGUGUAUGAAGGACGAUGGACAACAUUUACAAGAGACAAUGGACAGGCAACUGAAACAGAUUGUGGAUCUGAAUAAGCAUAGAGAGAGGUUGCAAAUGGAAGGUAAUGUUACUUUGCAAGAGUUGGAGAAACAAUGGCAUAACCAAUUGAUCAAGAAUCUGCAAUGA